AUGGAAACCGAAGAUAGCACAAGGCAUCAAGUGUAUCCGAGAAAUAGAUCAAAAGCUGUUGCAAUGGAGCAACAGUGGCAAACUUAUUUUGAUACUGCACGUCAUCUAAUGGAGGAAAAUAGUUCUGCCACAGUUGAUUUAACUUUGAAUUUACUUAUGGGAAGCAAUUUAGCUGAAUUUUGGCGAUAUGAAGGAUCGUUGACUACACCAUCAUGCAAGGAAAAUGUUUUUUGGACCGUAUUCCGACAACCUAUUUUGAUUUUAAACUAUGAUUUUGAAGCUUUUCGGGAUGAUUUAUUUUUUGAAAGUUAUCGUGGUCCACAGCCACUUUAUCAUCGACAAGUCUAUCGAAGUUUUCUCAACGAAAAGCUGUCACCAAUACCCGACGAAAACGUUUGUAUAAAUAAAUCGGAAGCAGGAUUGUUCUUCGAUAUCUUUCAUCAAACAACCAUAUGUGUGUUACAUUUUAGUUUUCUGGCUUUUUAUCGAUUAUUCUACUUGAACUAA